GGCCGGCCGCCGAUCAGAGCGGUAGGGUGCACAAUGAGUGCUCGGUGAAACAAAACAAUCGAAAUGCUGUUUGAAAAUCCCAACGCGAAAUUGUAUCCGGCUUUCAACAUCCCACCGCCUGUAAGGCUCAGCGGCGCUCUUGGCGGGUUGGAGAUGGUUGAGGGAGACUUAGCUGCGCAUGUCCUGAAUGCUCAGGCUGCCGCCCACGCAGCGGCCACUGCUGCAGCACAUCAGCAACAGCAGCAGCAAAUCGUACAGACUACAGUGCAACAAAUAACGGAGGCGUCGCCCUCUUCGGGACGCUCCAGCCCAGCGGGGGGCGCGGGGUCGGCUUCACCAUCCCCCAGUAAGCUGUUUGUGGGAGGUUUGAGCUGGCAGACCAGCUCAGAGAAGCUGCGCGAGUACUUCGCUAUGUUCGGUGCAGUCUCUGACGUGCUGAUCAUGAAAGACCCCGUCACCCAGAGGUCGCGCGGCUUCGGCUUCAUCACAUUUCAGGAGGCCUCGUCCGUGGACAAGGUGCUGGCGGUCCCGGUCCACACGCUGGACGGCAAGCGCAUCGACCCCAAACACGCCACGCCCAAAUCCGCGCCGAAACCCACCAAGACCAAAAAGAUAUUCGUCGGCGGCGUCGGCCAGGACACCUCCGCCGAAGAGGUGCGCGCCUACUUCUCGCAGUUCGGCCUCGUGGAGGACGCCGUGAUGCUCAUGGACCAGCAGACCAAGCGGCACCGCGGCUUCGGGUUCGUGACGUUCCACUCGGAGGAGGCCGUGGAGCGCGUGUGCGACAUCCACUUCCACACGAUCAAGAACAAGAAGGUGGAGUGCAAGCGAGCCCAGCCCAAGGAGGCCGUGGCGGCGGCGCCGCUGGCCAUCGGCAAGCGGCUGGUGCUGCGGCCGGGCCGCGGCCUGGUGUACGGCGGCGUGGGCGCCGUGGGCGGCGUGCACCAGGCCGCCCUGCCCGCGCACGCCUACCGCUACGCGCCCUACGCGCUGCCGUCCGCCGGCGCGCUCGUGGCGCCGCCCGCGCCCGCCCCCGCGCCCGCCCUGCCCCAGUUCGGGGCCGCCUACUCGCUGGCCGGCGUGGACAUGUCCUCCUUCCAGGGCAUCGACUGGAGCGCCAUGUACGGAGUGCCCAUGUACAUUUAAGCCGACGUCCCGGCGGAUCGGGCGGCGCCGCGCUCGCGGUGUUUCGUUUCCAAAACAACAGUUCCUACGACUUCAUUUGACGGAUGCGGCGGUCUUGCCGAGUCGUGGUCGUCGUUUCGCCGAUGUCUCGGCUCAUCGAUUAGCUUUAGUCAAUUUGUGAGCAAUAAUUGGCCCGAUGCGGGACCCGAAGCAAAGAUGACGCAUUUCUAUUAAUUUUUUAAUUUAUAAGGCGAAGAUCUCAGAUAGUUUAGUUUGGAGUUACUAAUCUCUUGUUGUCUCGAACCUUGUCUAGCGUAGUGUUAGUGCACGGCGGCACGAGACGGUAGUGAUGUAGUCGAGGAGUGAAUCUCAUUGCAGCUAUAUUGUUUAUUUAUACAAUAAACCCGCGGUCGGACGCCGCGUGACCCUCUCUGGCAGAACUCAAACAGUAUUAUGACUCCGUGCCAUGUUCGAUUCGCAAAAUUGUGCCAAACGUUUUUAAUGUUUAUUUUGAAUGGGCGCUGGCGUGGCGUGACUCGCUGAUUUAAAAUGAUGAGACGAGACGGCGGUGCGUUGAAUGGGAUUUUUAAACAGAAUGUAGGUCGCGCACCGUCAUUAAAACUGAAACGGGAACUCGCUCGGGGCGUUGUUUGAAUGUGGAAACUGAAUCAAUUGCAUAAAAAUGUUUUAUUCUCGCGAAUAGAGCAGAGGUCACGCUGGCGUCGAUGUCUGACGUCACUCGGCGUCCGCCGCAGCUCACACACACAUAUCUAACCCAACAUUAAGCAAUCACUUAUACAUACUUAGCCAUUGUGUGAUUUAGACGACGCCCAAACGCACGCGUGGUUUUUGGAGAUGGCAACAUUCAAUUUAUGUUCUCUACUCUACAUUUGAUUCAGUCGAUCAUGGCGACAUAACAAGUGAUUUAUUGAGGGUAGUUAAUCUCUAUUAUUUAUUACUUAUAUCUUAAAUUAAGGUUUUACUUGUGAGGCUAUAAAAUAUAUCUCUCAAAAGCCACGUUCGGUGCGCUCGUACUGUCGUUUCUCGACCUGUAUGCGAUGUAUCGAGGCUGAUAAUCUCAUUGUUAUGAUUAUUUCAUUCCAUGCAAAAUUAUGUUUAAUAGUAAAGGACUUGCUCGCGUUCGAUAUCCUCUCCUCCUUUAGCACUUUAACAGUAUUUGAUGCGCAAUAGGCAAAUUUAGAAGAAAGCUUCAUACUAUAUUUAACUUGGGAGAAAGUAAACGAAUUGCCAUUUAACAAUAGAUUCUUAACAAAAAUAGAUCUUUCCAUAUUAUAUUUACUCUGUUUCACUAUGCUAUCUAGUUUUGGCGUUACGGUAACGUAAACAAUUCUUGUCAGCCUACUUCUUGCCAAAAAAAAGUAAAAUUUUCAUGGAUGUGUCCCAAAUCUAGGAUCAUUUCAUUUGGUAUGGACGCAAGCAGAGCAUCAUAACAAUUAGCUUGAUCGGCCUCUAUUUGGGCGUCUUAGUUUAUAAUUAGUUUUAUCAAGGAAUGCUAAUUACUAACACCCAGUGUGUAUAAUGACAAUAAUAUAAGUAUUACAGCCGUAGACGUUGCCUGUCUCUGCCUGGUACGGGGCCUAAAACAGACUCAGUGAAUGUAAUAUUAACGACAGCGUGACUUCAGCACGCAGCUGUCAGCCAAAGGAACUUGUGAAGUGUCAGAAGUCACAAUGAUGUCAUCAAGAUGGUCGCCUGUUCCUAUAUUAACGCGCGGGAUUAUACGUGUUCAAAGUAUGCUUGCAGCUCAAGGCAGAUUACUGCCAACAAUUGAUUCUAUAUUCAUAGCUAGCGCUGGUGUCGUUAUUAUUUUGAUUCUAUAACUUUACUUGAUGCUUGUUUAUUCUUGCCGCAUAUUAAAGUAUGUCAGAGGCUUUUGCCAUUGGAGGUAAGUACUUUUAAAAUUUAAAAGUCCUAUUUAUUUGUACUUAAUAAAUCUUCGUCGUAGUUGUAGGGUAGUUAGAAAUUUUCUUAUAAAUAACUUUUAAAGCAAUACUCGAAACAUUAAUAUAUAUAUAUACUGUGAUUAGAAAAGUAUUAAUAUGAAUAAUUAAAAGACGAUAUAUGGUUGUGUUUGUGCAAUUUCUAGUUUUAAGUCGAAAUUAUCGGGGACUUGGUCCUUCCUAAACAGUAUUCUUCUCUUGUAUUGAGUACUUAAAAGUUGUCAUUAACUUAAACCUUUAUGUACUUAAAAAGAUAAAACUUAAAUAUAAUAAAUACAGAAAAGUACCGUGCAUGACUUGCCAAUGAUACAGUUAAUGGCAACUUCUUCAUUAUCGGGGCAUCUUUCAUUUGCCAGGCAGAGACAGGGUGAUAUUGUAGAGCAAAAUGCAUGCAGUAGCUUUGACGGCCACAUUCCUGAUCAGGUCGGCUCAUAUAAACGUAGCCCUGCUUUGCCUAGUUUAAAAUAUGUGAAACAAAUCAGGGCUGCACUUAUCACUCGUAUGCUUCAAUCUCGUUGUCCACACGUCCGUCUUGCACGGUGUCCAGGGAACGAAUGGCCGUUUACGCGACAGUUCAGACCAGAGAUUGGCGGGUAGACAACAAACUUGAAGCUAAUUAAUUUAUCUUACACAUACUUAUACCAGUAUUCUUAUAUUAAGUAGGAUUAGUGCCCUCAGAGAUUAUUACACGCUUUUGCUGCGUUUACUGUGUAUACUUUAGUUUGGAAUGCUUUUCCGUGUGUUUUUGUGUAAUUAGAAAGUGGUGUUGGUUUGAAUACAUUGUAAACGGUUUAGUUGAUAACCUUUAUAUACAUAAUUUUUUGGGUGGAUCUGGCGCGCGUUGAUACAAUAAUAGUUUUUAGCAAUAUCUCGUAAAUCAGAUAGGUAUCAAUUGGAAUUAUAGCUCUACUAGUUCCAUUGAUAGAAAAAUCUUGUUUUUUAUGAGUACAAACACUAAUGCAAAUUUUUUAACUUCAAUGAGUGGAUCCAAAAUGGUUCCGUUUUUUUUAAUACAUUCAACAGUUUUAUGCAAUGAUUUUCAUAGUCCAUGGAUAUACCAAUGCGUACCGUUCAAAGGAUUUAGUGUCAGUGCAAAUACAUUCGAAAGAUUAUUCGACCCACCCAAAAAUACAAAAUAAAACACCAAUUUUUAAUAUUUGAAUUUAAAAUUUCCGAUCUUUUCCUACAUAUCGAAUAUUUUAUUUCAAUAUUAUUUGUUCUAAACUGGCAGCUUCAUUACCUGCGUAGUAACCUGAAACGCAGCAUCAGCGGAGUGAUACACCUUUUGUAUAUUAUUUCUCCGAUAAUUUUCAGUAUUAGUCUGUUUUGUGUAUGUGACGUCACCGCCCUCCGUGAUCGCUACACAGCGAAACGCGGGUAGCAGGCUUCUAUGUUAUUUAAAUGUACUUAAUUUUUUCUUUAUUUUUAUGUAUAUGAAGUAGCGGUAUGCCCGUAGGCUUUUCCACUACUUCAAUGCCUAAUAUAGUAUUUAUAUUUUUUAAAACACCUUAUAAUAUAAGUAACACUUAUUCGAAGUUUGGUAUGUUAGAAGUAGUUUGUAUUUAGUUGGCUCAUAACUUGUAUUGAGCACUUAGUAAUGUCAUUACAUGAUAAUAUUAGAACUGUGUGUUUUAUUUCAUAGAACCGAUUCUAGAUGGUUGCACUUACCUCAUGAGCUUAUGCACGUUGAGCUUUCGAGUGCAUAGUAUGUGGUCCCACUUUGGGCGAAAUUGUUGAGAAGUGGGGUCUCUCAGAUAAUCGGGGCAUGGUACAUUGUAGUAUAUAAACUGUCGUCACUAACAAUAGAAUUUUGGAUGAGGCAUGGUUGGCAUGAAAUACGUAAGGUUAUAUCUUCCAAAAUCACUGUCAAUUUCACGCGUUAACCACACUUUGGUUGUGAAACGUGCUGAUGCGAAAAUUAAGACACGUAGUGUAGACCUAUGUAGUGACGCUUCGCUUGAGGCCUUUGUCUUCCUUAUUUCAAAUCAUUUGCCAAACUAAAUUGCUCAUCGAAAGACAAGGGCAGGCAACAAUUGUCUUGCCAGAUCAGUUGCCAAAACACCGGAGUAGAGAUAAGAUUGAGACAAUAAAAAGCAUUGCCAACUAGACGCUGUUUGCCGUAAAAUACAUUCCAUUCUUAGACCAAUGCAACUGAUAGACUCUUAGAGAAAAUUUGGUCUGUUCAACAAUACUAAUUAUCCUUUAUCUGAGGAAAAUACCUAAUAGCUUAACAUUAACAAAAGAGAAAUCAAAAUAACCAAUAAUACUUACUAUUUUUAUCAACAACGCAAUUAUUUGCAGAUAAGGCGAUUGAAGUGGUCUUUUCGAUAUAAGCCUGUCUCUCUUUCAUUAGGUCUAAGAUACCAUUCUAGUCAAGUUAAUUAAGUUUUAAAAAUCGGGGUUUGACGAAUUGCAUAGUGUAGUGGUACUUGCUCAACAACAAAUUCUUGGCCAUUUUCUUUCGCUUUGACAGUGCCAUACACCGGAGCACGUGCGGUUAUAGGUGUCAAGAACGCAUUUCCAGAAGUAUGUGGACUAUACAGAUUAUGAAAGGCAAUGAUAAUACAAGUUUUCUGUCUGUAUAAUAAUUGUGAAACAUAUCACAUAACAAUUAUGUUGUGUGUUUCCAGAUGCUAGAGUAGUGUGUAGUGUAGUGAUUUUGAAUAUUUACAUAAUAUGUAAUAAGUAUAUAAAGUAAUCGAAAGCAAUAAUUGUGGUAACCGGCGGCAGUGUAUGUCAAGAUUCCCGCUAGAUUAUACACUGCCUGAGUUAACAGUCGUUCAACCGAAACAUUUUCUAUGGCUUUGUAGACAUAGACGUGCCACCCUUAAUUUUGAUUAUUAAUUUAUCAUAAUGGGGGACUCUUUUAGUAUCUGGCAACUUUAGAAUUAUUGUAAAUGUCAGCAUAUUAUAUCUAAAAAUAGUAGCGACUCGGAGAAAAAAUCGGUUGGACGAUAUUUAUUAUAAGAUGAGUUACAUAAUAUACACUCGCAUAUAAUAUUUUUAUAUAAUAGGUCAAUGUAUUCGGUAGCAAGUUGAUAUAAUUAUUGUAUUUUAUCUGACGUUUGAUAAGAUUUAUUCGUAGAAUGUUUGCCGCUUGGGGCGUGCGGCCAUGUUUAUUUUUCAAAUUUCAGCAAUUCAUUUGGUGAUUUCUAGCAAGCGACUCCAAUUUACCCCAUUUUAUGCAUCGAAUGUCAUUUGUGAAUAUUUUUCUAUAAAAUAUUUUUUUGUCAAAGAGUCAAUUUGUGUAAGAAUUAAUAUAUAUUUAUUGCAGAUUUUAGUCGUAAUAAAUAGUUAUGUAUUAUUUUGUAGAAAGAUGUGGAGUAGUCUGUAGAUAGUUAUUUUUUUCUCUGACGUUUCUGUAGUACCUUAGUGCUCUAGCUCAUCCGUGCGUCUCGAUAACAUACCAUGGCAUCUACCUUAAUAAAUAUACAAGAAAUCUGAUUGUUUGGAAUCAAUCCAAUGAUGCAUUAUAUAGAAUUAUUCUAACAAUGCACCUAGCAAAGAACGAAACAAAGUAAAUACUAUUGAUACAGAAGCAUGUAGCUUCUGUAUCGUACUGUAGGUACUUAUUGUUAUAUUAUGUCGACCGCUAAUAAAAUACCAAAUCUAUAGAAAUGGUAACAUUUCCGAAUUGUGCACGUUUACAGACCUGUGGCCUGUGAUUUGCUUCCCUUGUCAUUGACUAAAAUAUGUCUACGUUUUCAAAAGCUGUCAUGUAAGCUGCUGCAAAGGCCUGAAACUCCAGGGCGCUCGAUGAGGUAUGGGCUCUUAUAGUGGCUGUAUAUUUUGACAUUACUUUUCUUUGAUUUUUAUACAUUGUAGUUUAUGAAAGUACAAUAGUAUUUGGCUGUCACUGCCACAAACUACUGAUGGUGAAAAAAACGAUGGGUAAAUUUGGAAAUAUGUUGGGGAAAUAAUUAACUAUUUAAAUUUUAGUUUGGAAUCGUUCACGUUAAACUUGCCAAUAUGAUACCCGAUGGAUACAAGUUCGGCAAUUUGGUAUAACGUGAAUGAUUCCACAUUUAAAUUUUUAAAGGUGGCAAUUUAAGGGCACACAAAAUUGAUCUUGGAGAAGGCCUAAAUAAUAUUGUAUAGUCAAAUGGCCCCCAUCAUGCUUCAAGUGAUAAGUAAUUGAAUGUUAUUUUAUAUUUUAAGUGUAGUCUACGCCGUGAGGCUAGUUUGUAUGGUUUGUGUAAAGACUCCGUUAGCUAGUGGGUCGAUGGACCGCGCGCCUCCUUCAACGCCUAUAUAAAUUAAUUCAUCUUCACUUAGAAAUAAAGAGUAAUAAACACA